AUGGACGUAUCACAUUUGCAACAGCCAUCAGUUCUUGGUAUCCAUGAUGAUUUGGCCUCAGAUUCCACGCUCAAUGCGAAUACUUCAAAGAAAGUUUUUGGUGAUGGCUCAACUACCCAGGAAAUUUUGGGGGCCUCAGAACAAGUUGAGAGUUCUGAUAAGCCUCAAGAUGACGAAUUUGAAAGCCCUCCGUCAACAGGCGACUUUGGUUGGAAUGAGCAUGGGGCUGUUCAGCAAGAUUCUCCAGGAAUUUCGACUGCAAGCGACUUGAAUGAAACCAGACAGAUUCUAGAUGGCAUGGCAUCUCUAACGGUCUCGGAGCAGCGGAGUGGUUAUCUCGGAAUCGCGUCAGGAGCCGCUUUUCUACGCCUUUUAGAGCCGGUGGAAUAUCGAAAUGCGCAAAGCCAUUCAACCGUCGAGACUGAUCCCCGCGUUUCCCUAAUCACGCUCCCCAACAUGAACAAACACAUAGCCGACACUAUGAUCGAUGCCUAUUUCAGAAUAUAUCACCUCAGUUAUCCCAUUGUCCACGAACCAACUUUCCGAGCUCAGUAUUCCGAAGUCAUUCGAAGGCCUAACGGCGGAUCUUGGUAUAUCUUAGCCUAUGUUAUGGCAGCCCUUGGAGUGUAUACGACAGCAACAGAUCUAAAUAAUCUAGAUUUAGAUCUUUUUCAGCACACCAAAUCUCUCCUCACAUUUGACAUACUUGAAGUUGGGAGCUUAACAAUGGUCCAAGCCCUGACUUUAAUUUCCAACUAUCAACAAAAGAGAGAUAAGCCGAAUUCUGCGUAUAGUUACUCGGGAUUGGCGGCCAGAAUGGCUAUGGCACUUGGACUGCACAAGGAUUUUCAAGGAUGGAAAAUCCCGCCUUUAAGCAUGGAGAUCCGACGCAGAGUUUGGUGGACGCUGAGCAUAUUCGACAUUGGUGCUACCAUCACGUUUGGUCGACCGCAAGUGUGCCCGUUCGACGGUGUUGACAUAGCGCUUCCCAUGAAUGUUCAUGACAAGGACCUCACUGCGAUGUCUAGCUCGUAUCCUUCUGAUCCAGAGGAAAUCUCUGUUUACACGGCGGUACGAACGCAGGCAAGAUUGUUCAUCGCCACAAACCCAAUAUAUAUCCGAAUUAUCUCGAAACCUUUGCCCAGUGCUCGAGAGCUACUCCAGUUAGAAGCUCGGUGCCUAGGAUCGUGGGCGGAAAAGACGCCGUCCUACUUUUCAGAAACAGCGGCCAUACCCCCUAAUUUUAUCUUUUCCCACUCCGUCAUGCAAUGGAGAUGGCGAAACUUUCGCAUGAUCAUGUACCGCCCUUUUGUCAUCCGGCGAGCUUUAUUCGCGCGCAGCGGUCGUCAGGACAAUUCGAGUCCAGAAUCACUCCAGGCUUACGAGAGAUGCUUGGACGAUGCUAAACAGAGCAUACUGUCAAUCAGUGCAUUCUGGGCUGCAAAUGACCACAUCCGUCUCUUCGCGUGGUAUGCAUUAUAUUUCCUUUUCCAGGCUGCCUUGAUCCCUUGUAUCUGCCUGCAAAAUGAAUCUUCUUCCUCACACGCACCAGAUUGGCGUGAUCAAAUUGUUACCUCUUUACAAGUUAUUGCGGCCUUGGUACCAGUAAAUCCAAGCGCCAGACGAUGCCACCAAGUUAUUGUUAGCCUCUGCGGAGCCCAUCUCAAUACACCGAUGCCUCUUCCCGAGGAUGUCAACUCGGAAGAGCCCCCCGUUCUCCAAUCAGAAGACGUUGAUGGCCUUCAUAGCGCAAUCUACUGUCAGGCUUCCAAUGCACAUGGGGAUAGACAAAUGAUGUCUGGGGUAGACUCAAACGAUCAGAUGAACGCGGUUUUCUCCAUGAUGUGGCCCAACACGCUUUUCGAUACUGCUGACAAGGGACAUGAUGAUUCUUGGAUGGAUUUUCUCAAUGGAAUAUAG